GAUUAUUCAGCUUCAAGGGCACCAACGUUAGCUGGGACUUCUCAGCAACUCUAGGAAUCUCCAGAAGUUAAACGAAGGCACGUUUUCUUGUGUUUGAAGAUUUGGAAACAUUUCUCUCUGCUUGGGAUUUUCCAGCUUUCUGAUCUUGCCUUCCUUCGACGACUUUGCUCAAAGCAGCUUUUGACCACCAUGGGGAGCCUUUCGAGAAACUUUUGAGGAGUUUUUCUGCUGACGAUUUUUUCUUGAUUCUCGGGCCGGCAUGAGGAAGUAGCAAACUGCAAGUACCAGCUGUUCUGUUGAGAGAGAGAGUGAGAGAGUGAGAGAGAGAAAUCUGCCUUGCUAACUGCUAUUUAUUUCUAUUCAGUAAAAAGGCUGAGUGUAGCAGAAAAGAACAGUAAGCCUUAGUGCAACAGGCGGUGGAGUCUGUAGCAGAUUUGCGUUGACAAAAGAUAGGCCCAUUGUGUAAAUAAACGCUGCUGGGAAGUUUUUAUGGUAUGCAACACGAUGCAAAAUUUUCCCGUUUUGCCUCUGUUCAAGUUGUAAAGUUUGGCUGGAAUGUGCAUUUCAGAGCAGCAUGCGAUCUGGUGAAAAACUGCCUCUCUCUGUGGUGUUUUAAUGUAAUAGACUGAAUGAAAGAUGUUCCCUGGGAGUAAUCAUAUAGAAACAAACUGAUAUCUUCUGGAAUAUAAUAAGUACCACUGUGAUUUGACCAACAUGGAAGCAAAUCAGACUUCUGACCAUAAUGAGUUAUCCAGUCUAGAGGGGGCAACUGAGCCUGAACCAGGCCCAACUCUCUACACAAAAUUUUCUAUGAAAGCCCUUUUUGGAUUUACGGCUAAACUGCAACCAGGCACUUCAAAAGAACAAGCUGUUCUUAAAGGAUUUCGAAAUGUCGAUGAUAUCAGUAGCCAUGCUGACAACCAGGAAGUGAGGAGCAGAAUCAAUGGAGAUGAUUAUCUAGAUGGAGAUCAUCAGCUUUCAGAAAUACCACAGGCUGAAAGCCCAAGCAAUGCUCAUGAAAUUUCAGAAUCCAGUACUUGUGACAUGUUUGCUCUCGAGGCUGAUGCCACUGCCCCAGUUGACUCAGGAGUGGGUGCCUGGGUGCCAACUGACUUUGAUGCUGAUGCUGCCCUAUGUAACUUUGAGGUUGAUAGCAACCAUGUUGAUUAUGAAGUCUACAGCAGCACACCUGUUGACUCAGGAGUGGGUGCCUGGGUGCCGACUGACUUCGAUGCUGAUGCUGCCCUAGGUAACUUUGAGGUUGAUAUUAGCAACCAUGUUGAUUAUGAAGUCUACAGCGGCACACCUGUUGACUUUGUAGACACUACCAUUGUCCCAGAUGACUAUGAGCCUGACACUUACAGCCCAGAUGACUUGGAACUGCAGGAGCAGAAUGAUCCCUCUCAUUCCCAUUCAGAUUCUCUACACUCUCUUUUGUCUGAAUUUGGCAAACAAAAUGACAAGGAUGCCAUUCUUAUUCAGGGUACUUUGGUUCAUGCAACAAGUGACACAGAAUCAGACAAUGAGCCUACAGAUCUUAACAGUGACAAAAAUAUAGCAAACAGAUCUGUUUUAAAUAGUACUGUGUCUUUGGAGGAUAAUGACCAAAAUAAAGAAGAGCCAGAAACAGAAGGAUAUAGAGAAAUAGAUGGUACUAUAAAUGGAGAUGAAACAGAGCAGAUUCUACCAAGUUAUCAGCUUCGUUCAACGGAAAUAGAUGAUACACUACAUGAAAUUUGUUCAGAAACUGAAACUGCAGCACUGACCAAUGAGAACCACACAGGCCUAUCUCUCACAGAAGAAGAUACUCAGGGGUUUGUAGAUGAGCAAGGACCUCUUUCAAGCAAUUCCAGCACUGCAUCCACCCAAAAACCAUCUUUGAAUGAGAAGACCUUUCAGCUUCCAGCUUUUUUCAGUGGGUUACGUGUACGGAAGAAAGGAUUCUCUUCAGAUCAGGAGGAAACUGUCACUGAAAUCAAACAGAAAGACAGCGACUUGGCUAUGCUUAAAUUAAAACAGCCUGUUAAAAAGUCCAGUAUUGCACCUGAUCAGUUAACUAAGAGGAAACCAGCAGAGCCCAAAGCGGCCCCUACCUUUCUAGAACAACUCUCUCAUCUCUUAGGGCCUAAAAAUGAAGGAAAAGAUUCUGGUGAGGUGUCCAGUGAUUCUGGCAGCAGCGAGAAUGGCCAAGAAAGCAAAUAUUCAGUGAGAAAAGCAUCCUCCACCUCUGAAGAGGCAAAACCAAGUCCCGCUGAAUCUGCAUUGGAUGCAUUUAAAGCUCUAUUUACACGCCCUCCCAAAAAAGAGACAACUGCUGAUACUUCAGAGCUAGAAGCGAUAAAACGCAAAAUGAGACAUGAAAAAGAAUCACUGAAGGCAGUAUUUGAAAGGUCUAAAGGUGAUGGAGCAACUGACACAAAACCAACUGAUGCAGUGCUUUCCGAUCAGGAUGACAAGACUCCCGGUAGACUGCAGACUGUCUGGCCACCACCCAAAGCAAAGGAUGAAGAAGAGAAAGUAGGAUUAAAAUAUACAGAAGCAGCUGACUUGGUAUCUUUCACGGCAAAGCCAGAGUACCAUGCUGCUAUUUUGCACUUAAAGAAGGAGCACAAAAAUGAAGUUGAAAAACUGAAGUCCGAGUUUGAACUCAGGGUCUUUCAUAUUCGAGGAGAGCAUGCGUCAUCCAUAGCAAAGCUUGAGGAAGUCAUUGCAAAUUUGGAAAAUGAACUGGAAAAUACAUUAUACAGGAGAAGCGAGGAAGCAAAGGAUGCCUGUGUAUCGACUGAAGAUGAUCACCCACCAAAGACAUACAGAACUGUAUGUAUACAAACCGACAGAGAAACUUUUAUAAAGCCAAGUGAAGAUGAAAGCCGGACAGUCAAAAAUAACCAGACGAUACCUAAAAAGUUGACUAUACCUUAUUUGAAUAAUAGUGUUCCACCCACAUCGGACAAUAAUGAAGCAUGCAAUUAUGGCCAUGCCUCAGGGAGUGCUGUAUCUCAGAUGUUUCCACCACCACCACCACCACCACCACCGCCUCUUCCUGGUUCAAUCCCUCCACCCCCAACAUUAUCACCAGGCAUGGGAUCACCCCAUCCUCCUCCUCCACCACCUCCACUUCCUGCAGCUUUUGCAGGUCAGUUACCACCGCCUCCCCCACCUCCCCCACCAGGAUUUUCUCCAUCAGGAGCAGGUCCUCCUCCUCCUCCUCCUCCUCCUCCACCACCACCUGGAUCCAGUUUCCUUUUCAGCAGCACAUUUUCAUCAAGCCAAGGUCCUCGAAAGCCUGCCAUUGAACCUGCCUGUCCUAUGAAGCCACUUUAUUGGACCAGAAUACAAAUACAAGACAGCAGUCAAAACACAGCACCAACUCUGUGGGAUUCUUUGGAAGAGCCUGACAUAUGUGAUGCCAGUGAAUUUGAAUACUUAUUCUCCAAAGAUACAGCUCAGGAAAAGAAAAAGCCAUUAGCAGAGUCUUAUGAAAAGAAAACAAAAGCCAAAAAGAUUAUCAAACUGUUGGAUGGAAAGAGAUCUCAAACUGUAGGAAUUUUGAUCUCCAGUUUACAUUUGGAGAUGAAGGACAUACAACAAGCUAUACUAAAUGUGGAUCAUUCCAUUGUCGACUUAGAAACACUGGAAGCACUUUAUGAGAACAGAGCGCAGAAGGAUGAACUGGAGAAAAUAAAGCAGCAUUAUGACACUUCAAAAGAAGAAGAAGUGAAACUUCUCGAUAAACCAGAACAGUUUCUGUAUGAGUUAUCCCAGAUAUCCAAUUUUGCAGAACGUGCUCGAUGUAUAAUCUUUCAGUCUGUCUUCAAUGAAGGAAUAACUGCAGUACACCGUAAAGUCGAUAUUAUUAACCGUGUUUCUAAGGAUUUGCUGGAUAUAAAAAGUGUGAAAGACAUUUUAGGAUUGAUCCUGGCUUUUGGAAAUUACAUGAAUGGAGGGAACAGGACGCGUGGUCAAGCAGAUGGGUUUGGUUUGGAAAUACUUCCCAAACUAAAGGAUGUUAAAAGUAGAGAUACUAAUAUCAGCCUUGUGGACUACGUUGUGAUAUAUUACCUACGCCAUUGUGACAAGGAUGCAGGAACAGACAAGAGUGUGUUUCCUCUACCAGAACCGCAGGAUUUCUUCCAAGCAUCACAAGUUAAGUUUGAAGACCUAAUAAAAGACUUGAGAAAACUGAAGAGAGAUCUAGAAGUUUGUGAAAAACAGAUGAAAGUGGUUUUCAGAGACUCACCAGAAGAACAUCUCCAGCCCUUUAAAGAUAAAAUGGAAGCCUUUUUCCUGGAAGCUGUAGAAGAACAUAAGACAGUGGAGAGCCAUUUGGAGAAUGUGCAGAAGUGCUUUGAAGAACUGGUGGGAUACUUCGGGAUAAAACCAAAGUCUGGCGAGAAGGAGACCACGCCAAACUACGUUUUCACGGUGUGGUAUGAGUUCUGCAGCGACUUUAAGGCCAUUUGGAAACGAGAGAGCAAAAACAUUUCCAAAGAAAGACUCAAAGUGGCUCAACAAACAGUGAACAAGUUAACUGCAGAAAAGAAAGUGGAAACAAAGAAAAUCAACCCUACUGCCAGCCUGAAAGAAAGGCUACGUCAGAAGGAAGCCAGUGCUACCACCAACUGAAAGAAGACGCAUGAACAUAAUGGCAGUGUGACUUAAUCCCUUGCAUGAUGCUUCCCUUUGCCCAUUCCCUAGAGAGCACCUUAUUUUAGAUGUUAGGAAGUUCUGCUUUGCUGUUCUCUUCCUCGGACAAUCCUCAAAAGACUUCUGAAUCCCUUGGCUUGUGCAGAAGAGGGAACAAUAAGAAGUUUGUUUACAUGGGAAUUAUGAAGAGUUCUAUGUAACUCUUCCUUAUGUGGCUUAAAUGCAGUUCUUUUCUUAAACGUCGUUUGAAGUACUCUAUGCAAAAUGCACUAAUGUAAAAGACAGCAAAAGCAGGGUUUUAGACAGUGAAUUAAAUAGCUUUCAUGCCA